AUGGCCAACACAUACUCGGGGAGAAUCCUAUCUCUUGGGGCCUCAAUUACCUGGGGUGUUAACUCUGAGGAUGGCAAUGGCUAUCGCAAGUACCUCCGUGAUCAGCUUUGGGUUGAUGGAUGGUCAGUUGAUAUGGUGGGCACCAAGCAUCAUGGUAACAUGCAAGACAAUGCCGUUGAAGCGACUCCCGGGGAUGUGAUCACUGAAGUUCAACUAGCCGCCCGGGGUUCCUUCCCUUAUAGACCAAACGUGGUCCUCAUCAAUGCCGGAGCAAAUGAUUGCAUACUUCAGCUUGACAUCCCUAAUGCCGGUGCGCGCAUGCGAGCCAUGAUCGAAGAAAUUGUGCAUUAUGAUGGCAUGGAGAAGACAACCAUCAUCUUGUCAACUCUCAUCCCAUCUUUCCAAGCAGAGAUUGCUACCAAUAUCCUCGCAGUCAAUGAACAGUACCGAGAGUUGGUGACCGCAAUGCGGAAGGAGGGCGUGUCAAUCUCGUUGGCAGAGAUGAAUCCUCCAUCGUCUGUUAAAGAAGACACCUUGAUUUCGUGGCCGGUUGAUUAUACCGUGGGUGGCAAAGCUGACCCCAUGCAUCCAAACAAUUGUGGCUACAGCAAGAUGGCCAGAGUUUGGUACAGUGCCAUAACGGAUGCAUACAACCAAAAUCUUAUUGUAGAGGCUAGUAUUAUGGCGGCCUCGGAACCCUGCGUAAGUGCCUUUCAUACCCCCGAAGAAGAUCCGGAGCGUCAGCGCAUCCGUGAUUUGUCGAGAUAUUACUGUACAGUGGUUCAAGCAUUCCCGGCACCUGAUGGUACAAACUCUGAGGAGGAAGAGACCCCCGCAGCACCGACAGGAGAUGAACAGCCCGCAGGUUGUGAGUUAGCAAAGGAUAUUACACUCAAUGCACUCGCCCAGCUCGGCGUCCUCCGCUUCAAUGCCAAUCGCUGCUUCGUGUCCAUAAUUGACGGAGAAACCCAACAUAUCAUUGCCGAAACGACAGGCUCAGUAUCGCUGCGAGAUAAGAACCGCCACAAACCAGGAGAUGGUAUCUAUCUCGGAGCACGGUCGCUGGACCUGGUGUGGGGUGUAUGUCCUCACACCGUCCGUUUGUUCACAGGCCGUGCGACGGAAAAUAUCGAUACCAGCAAUGUGACCGCCAAUCGCACGCGUUACAUUAUCCGAGAUUUCACCCUAGAGGAUUGUUUCAAGGACCGACCUUACGUUCGAGACUGGCCGCACAUGCGAUUUUAUGCUGAAGUUCCCCUAUUCAGUGCAUCUGGAUACGUUCUGGGCUCUUAUUGCAUUGUCGACAACAAACCAUGGACAGAAUUCGGAGAUGAUCAGGUCAAUGACCUCCAGGAAGUGGCAGAUGCCAUCGGAUUACACUUGGAGAACGUGCGGAUGAGGCAGGCUCAUAUCCGAACUGAGAAAUUGGUCAAGGGCUUGACCAAUUUUGUCAAGGAUCAUGUAGACUUUGAUCCAGCAGAGGCCUCUAACCAUGGCCGUCUUCAGUCUAGCGUCAAUGCAGCGAAUCUCGUACCACAUGACAUUGCCGCCACCACUGUGGACGCCAGCGACGACUCCGACACCACCCCGGUUCUUGAUGCGCCAUUGUGUCCCGCUGUUCAAUGUGUUUCCCAUGAAUCCGGAAAAUCAAUUUCCUCGACCCUCGCCGGGGAAGAAUCUAUGUUCUUCUUGCAGGAUCAGCACACCACAACUGAGCCUUCAUCUCUGUACUCGGGUUUCUCAGAUCAACCGAUGGUACUGAGCCCCGGCGAAGAAAAGUCUCAGGGCGAAGCAUUGAAGUCGGGAGAGACCACUGCAUCUCAGGGUAUCGAUCAAAGCUUCUCGCAGUUAUCAUUGACGGAGAGCAAGCCCAUAUACGAGGGCAUUUCGUCUAUCUAUUCGCGUGCAAGUGCGUUGCUCCGGGACUCUAUGGAUCUGGACGGGGUUGCAUUUCUCGAUGCCUGUCCAACUAAUUUUGCCUUUGUACCUGAACAGCCCGAAACCUACGAGCCAUUGACGGUUGCCGAUCCCAGUUUCCCUGCUGCACCAUUGCCUAGUCCCCUCGGAAUGCCUCGGGUUGCGUCACAGGAAUUCGACCUUCCAUGUGAUACUCUGAGUUGUGCGCUAAAGUUGCCAUUUAAAGGGAAUUCUGAUCCGAAUAAUAAACCUAGCAUACCACAGGGAUUGCUUCAGCAAAUGAUUAAGGCCUUCCCCCAAGGUCAGAUCCUGAGCCUAGAUGAGACUAUUGACGAGAGUGAUUAUCUCUCAACUGAUCACAACACCCACACUUGUGCAAAAUAUCUUGCACGAUGUCUUCCCGGUGCUAAAUCCGCCCUUUUCCUUCCAUUGUGGGAUUGGAAUAAGUCUCGCUGGCUUUCCGGGGUGUUGGUAUGGACGACAAGCAGCUUCCGAGCGCUUGGGCUCGAAGAGUUGCACUAUUUUAAAGUCUUUGGUGAUUCUUUGAUUUCUGAAGUUUCCCGAAUUCAUUGGGCAAGUACUGAGAGAUCAAAAUUCGAUUUCAUAUCCUCUGUCAGCCACGAGCUUCGUUCACCACUGCACGGGAUACUGGCGAGUGCUGAAUUAUUACAUGCCACCACUCUUAGUCGAUCACAAGAAGAGAUGGUGACGAUGAUUGAGAAAUCUGGAUUGACCUUGCUGGACACAACGAAUCAUAUGUUGGAAUUCUGCAAAGUCAACAACUUGAGACACUCGAAUACCCUUAAUGAACUUACCUCGGAAAAUGACACGGCCAACCUUGUUUCCGAUUUUAACAUUAGCCAUUUGGUGGAAGAAGUUGCAGACAUAUUGUACACCGGUCAGCGAGCACCUGAGCAGGUGAGCCAGCUCGCUAAAAGGAUGUCAUCCAACAAAGAAGCAACCGAUUCAAUCACCAAGGAUUCCAGCGCACACAGCCAGAUGUCUAUUGUCAUACGAGUCGACCAAACGGACACUUGGAUGAUUCGGUCCUUUCCAGGUGCCUGGAGAAGAAUCGUGAUGAACCUUCUCGGCAACGCGAUGAAGUGGACAACAGCUGGCUUCAUCGAAAUCGCUUUAUCAAAGGCGAGGGACAGAUCAGACUCCCAAUCCCCCCUUGUUCGCCUUUCAGUCACUGAUACCGGCCGCGGAAUCGCGCCCGAUUUCAUCAAGCACAAGCUAUUUGCCCCAUUCUCGCAAGAAGACCCGCUGUCUGAAGGUGUCGGGCUGGGCUUGAGCACGGUACAGCAAUUGGUUAUGUCGCUCGGGGGGCAUGUGAAUGUGAGGAGUGAAUUGCGCGUUGGGACUCAGGCCGAUGUCUACAUCCCCGUUCAAUACCUACCGGCUAGUCUUGGUCCGGAGGAUAGCCCGGCUCCAUCAACUACUCAGCCAGGAACCACCCCGAUGCAUGCAUGCCUAGUAGGCUUCAAUGGUUACCCUGAUCUUACCGAGGCACCCACUGGAAUACUCACUGUCGAAGGGAAACGAAACCUUUCCAUUCAGAGUGCACUGGCAAACAUCUUCAUGACAAAGAUGAAGUGGAAUAUCUCUCUGGCUAACUCUAUCGAGGAGGCUCGUGGCCAGGUCAUUGUCAUUGAGCAAGAGCUACUCAGACGAGCUAUGGAUGAAAAUAACCAACGUAUCUCCGAACUUGCGGCUCAAAAUGGCAUUGACUUCUUCAUUGUGCUAAGUGGCAAUGUCCCAAUCAUAUUGGACAGUCUCUCUGUCAACAUAAUCCGCGUCGCCCAACCGUUCGGACCACAGAAAAUUUACAAUGCUGUUGAAACAAUCAUGAAGUGGCGCGAAAUCCAAAUACCAACCGCGUCACCUACACCCAAUCGUACUUCCUCCCCCAUGCCUCCUCAGACGCGAACGGAAAAUAGCUCAGACUCGGGUUCAGGUUCAUAUAUCCCCGAGAAAGGGAUUCCCGAGCCUUCGAAUGAAUCAAUGAGCUCAUCCAAAGAAGUGGACAUCACCACACCUCGAUCUCCCAGCAAGGAAGCACUGGCUCAUGUACUCAUUGUGGACGAUAAUGAAAUUAAUGUCAAGAUUAUGGCCACCUUCAUGCGCAAAAUCAACUGCAGCUACGACACAGCCCACAACGGCCUCGUUGCACUGGAGAAAUACAAAUCCUCCAACUUUCACUACGACUUCAUCUUAAUGGAUAUCUCAAUGCCGGUGAUGGACGGUCUCGUCUCUACGAGCAAGAUUCGCGAAUUCGAACGCGAACAUCGUCUCAACCCCUCUUGCAUCAUGGCUGUCACUGGAGUUUCCUCCACUGGCUUCCAGGACCAGGCUGCUACGGCUGGUAUCAAUAACUAUCUCAUUAAACCCCUCUCCCUUCGCGCUCUUAAAACUCUUAUGAACCUUGCAUGA